UCCAGCAGGGGGCGCAGGUCUGACCUCAGCGGAAUCAACAAACAAGUAUGGCGGCGUCCAGUGUUUUCAGACCAGGCUUGUUCAGACAUAAAGUUGCAAUAGUGACGGGUGGAGGGACCGGGAUCGGUAGAGCUAUUUCUGCAGAGCUUCUGGAGCUGGGCUGCAGUGUGGUGAUCUCCAGUAGAAAAGCAGAGAGGCUGGAGGCAGCGGCUCAGGAGAUGAGACAAAAAAUCCCUCCCUCCAGCCCUGCAUGUGUCAUGCCUCUGCCAUGCAACAUCCGUAACGAGGAUGAGGUGAAGGCUCUUGUAUCAUCAGUGCUGAAGCAGUUUGGCAGGAUAGACUUUCUGGUGAACAAUGGAGGAGGUCAGUUCAGCAGCCCAGCAGAGCACAUGUCCUCUAAAGGCUGGAAGGCUGUGAUAGACACUAACCUGACUGGAACCUUUCACUGCUCCAAGGAAGUAUACAUCGCGUGGAUGAAACAGCAUGGAGGUGUGAUUGUGAACAUCAUUGCUGACAUGUGGAAAGGCUUUCCAGGCAUGGCCCACACAGGAGCAGCGAGGGCAGCGGUGGAUAACUUAACAAAGAGUCUGGCCAUCGAGUGGGCAGCCUCAGGAGUACGAGUUAAUGCCGUUGCACCUGGUACAAUCUUCUCCAAAACUGCGAUGGAGAAUUACAAGGAGUAUGGACCACUUCUUUUCAAGAUGUCUGUUCCAUUUAGUCCUGCAAAGAGACUGGGAGUGCCAGAGGAGGUCUCAUCAGCAGUGUGUUUCCUGCUCUCUCCUGCCGCCUCCUAUGUUUCAGGAGCCACACUGAGGAUUGAUGCAGGACAAAGUCUGUACCACUCCAUGUGGGAAAUACCCAACCACAGUGCAUGGCCCAGCGCACCUGAGGGGGACAACCUAGAUGCUCUGAAGGAGCUGCUCAACCCACAAAGCAAACUAUAAGGCAGUUUUGUGACAUAUGUGGUCUGAACCUAAUGUUUCAGUACCCAGUUGACCCAUAAACAUCAUGGGCUUUUAGCUGUAUAGACACUGCAAGCAUGGUCAUACAAGCAAAACACCAGGUGGCCUGGUCAUAAGAUGGAGUGACUUAGUAAAUUCUGUACAUAAUUGUAUUUAAUUAAGAGCAACAUGAAUUUCCUGUAUAAUGUUGUGUGACAGACUAUUGAAUGUUGUAGAAAGUUGCAGUGUGUUCUUUAGAAAUUGUGCACCAAUUUAAUGUCUCUAAGGCUUUAUCAAAAUCAGGAACUAUUUGUCAAAAGCAAGAUGGCUUUUUUUGGAGGGUCCUGCAGCAGUGAUAGUAAUUCUUUUUUAAACCACUGUCCUUUUUACAGUGCCCUGAUCAUGUAAUUCUUUAUAACUGAGGAGAGGUUUGUGGUGUAUUUGAUCACAGGCUCAUUAAUGCAUGGAGAACAGGUGCCUUACAUUGCCUAUCUCUGAUAUACAGUAUUGGUACUAUUAACAUCCUAAUGUAACGUGUUACAAAACAUGUUUGUAUAACGUGAAAUGUGAGACUUCUUGUUAUAAAAGGAAAACAAAAAAUUCUUCAUGAAUAUUAAAACACUUGAGUGAGAGUGAGAUAGCAUGUUGAACUGUGGAUGCAAAACUU